AUGCCAACAAGGGAAAGUAAUCAAGUGGUUGAUGAGACGGAUAGGCUUGACAUUGCUCGCCGACACUUCGAUCAUGAGAAUUUGUACAGGACAGAGCGAGAAAUACGGAGGACCCUUGAUCCUCUGACAUGGGAACAUCGAUGGACCGUCAAAGAUAAAGCAAUGUCAGGAAAUCAGGUCGCAUUAAUGAUGCCACUAUCCGAGCUACACGCCACAUUAAUGACGCCAUCGCAGAUCCACGCCGCAUUAAAAUACCCUAACAAUAGGAACAAUACGAAGGACACAGACUCCAUUGGGGCAAACACGAUUUGUCUCCCCCAGACUCAUGGACUCCUCCCAAAUGGCAACUUUGAGGAAUCACCCGCGAAGUCAAACCUCAAGAAGACAGUAAUCAAAGGGAAAUAUUCACUCCCGAAAUGGGAAAUCAACGGCUUGGUGGAGUACAUCUCCGGUGGGCCGCAGCCACGGGGCUUCUUCUACGCCGUUCCUCGCGGGGUUCACGCGGUGAAACUAGGCAAUGAGGCCUCCAUCUCUCAAAACGUGAAGGUGAAUCCAGGCUCCAUCUACUCCAUCACGUUUGGGGCCACAAGGACUUGUGCCCAAGACGAAGUGCUAACGGUUUCGGUCCCUGGCCACUCGGCGGACCUUUCUAUACAAACCCUUUUUAGCAGUAAUGGUGGCGACACAUAUGCCUGGGCUUUCAAGGCGACUUCUAGGGUUGUGAAGUUGACAUUUCACAACCCUGGGAUUCAGGAGGACCCCACUUGUGGACCCCUCUUGGAUGCUAUUGCAAUCAAGGAAAUGCUGCCCCUCAAGUAUACUAAAGGAAACCUCGUGAAAAAUGGUGGUUUCGAAAUUGGCCCUCAUGUGUUCAAGAAUUUCUCAACCGGAAUACUCCUCCCUCCCAAGUUAUUAGACCUAAUCUCACCACUCCCCGGUUGGAUUAUCGAGUCCCUCAAACCGGUGAAGUACAUCGACAAGAAGCACUUCUUCGUUCCCUCUGGCCUCGCCGCCAUUGAACUGGUUGCUGGGCAAGAAAGUGCCAUUGCCCAAAUCAUCAGAACAGUUCCCAGCAAGUUGUACAACCUCACUUUCACCAUUGGAGAUGCAAAGAACGCUUGCCAUGGCUCCAUGAUGGUUCAAGCCUUUGCUGCCAAAGAAACCCUGAAAGUUCGAUUUGUAUCUAGAGGAAAGGGUGAGUUCAAAACUGCAAGUUUCAAGUUCAAAGCAAUCUCGGCAAGGACAAGGAUAACGUUUUUCAGUGCUAGCUAUCACACAAGGCUUCACGAUUAUGGUCAUAUUUGUGGUCCUGUGUUGGACAAUGUCAGGGUAUUUCCUACUGUCCACUGA